AUGGCUGAACCUAGUGAUAGUAGCGAAGAUGUUCAUGGUGAUAGCUUCAACAACAACGAUUUCAUGCCUUUUCCAACAACGAUGCCUGUUUCAAGAAUGCAAAAUGGUGAAAAACCGUGUUUAGGAAUGAAGUUUAGUAGUCAUGAAGAGGCCUACAACUAUUAUAACUCGUAUGCUUUGAUGAUGGGAUUUGGAAUCAGAAAAAGCUCAGUGAAUUACUCCCAGAAAGAUAAACAAGUGUUGAAUAGAAAAUUUGUUUGUGACAAAGAAGGUUAUAGAUCUAAUAAAGACAAGAGAGAUAUAGGGAAAAUAUCAAUCAUCGGCGAGAGACCAGAGUUGGCUGUAAAGCAAUGA